ACCCAUAUGACACACUGAUAACGAGUUGAGAGAGAGCCCGCAACUUUUUGCAGAAGCAGCGCGCGCGCCUGGAAGUGCCCGGGUCCGGCGCUAGGAGCCACGAGCCGGAGAAAGAGACAGAGCGGGGUCCCGGGUUGUCUCCACCGCCCCACCGCUGUCGUCCUCACCAUCGUCGCCCUCGCCUCCUCUCUGGUCGGAGUCGCAGCCCCCACCCCCAGCGCGCGGCCGCAGCCGCUGUGCGCAGCCUGGAAAGGGGGGACGGGGGGGAGGGGGGGCACCGCGGACCCCGGGAGCCGCGAGGACUUUGCAAGUUGCCCGGGAAGGUGGAGGGGAGGGAGGGGGAGGGGGAUCAAGGCGCGACAGCAACGACAGCUAGCGGCCCGGGUUGGCGCGCCCAGCCCCGCGGCGGAUCAUGGUGCAGCAGGCGGAGAGCUUGGAAGCGGAGAGCAACCUGCCCCGGGAGGCGCUGGACACGGAGGAGGGCGAAUUCAUGGCGUGCAGCCCGGUGGCCCUGGACGAGAGCGACCCGGACUGGUGCAAGACGGCCUCGGGCCACAUUAAGAGGCCGAUGAACGCCUUCAUGGUGUGGUCCAAGAUUGAGCGCAGGAAGAUCAUGGAGCAAUCCCCGGACAUGCACAACGCCGAGAUCUCCAAGCGGCUGGGCAAGCGGUGGAAGAUGCUGAAGGACAGCGAGAAGAUCCCGUUCAUCCGGGAGGCGGAGCGGCUGCGGCUGAAGCACAUGGCCGACUACCCCGACUACAAGUACCGACCCCGGAAAAAGCCCAAAAUGGACCCCUCGGCCAAGCCCAGCGCCAGCCACAGCCCGGAGAAGAGCGCGGCGGGCGGCGGCGCAAGCGGGGGCGCAAGCGGUGCGGGCGCGGGCAGCGCCAAGACCUCCAAGGGCUCCGGCAAGAAAUGCGCCAAGCUCAAGGCCCCCGCGGCCGCCGGCGCCAAGGCGGGCACGGGCAAGGCCACCCAGCCCGGGGACUUCGGGGGCGCCGGCGACGAUUACGCGCUGGGGAGCCUGCGCGCCAACGGCACGGGAGGAGGCGCGGGCGCAGGGAAGUCGGUGAAGUGCGUGUUCCUGGACGACGACGACGACGAGGACGACGAGGAGGACGAGCUGCAGAUGCGCAUCAAGCAGGAGGUGGACGAGGAGGACGAGGAGCCCGCGCACCAUCAGCUCCUGCAGCCCCCGGGGCACCAGCAGCCGCCGCAGCUGCUGAGACGCUACAACGUCGCCAAAGUGCCCGCCAGCCCAACGCUGAGCAGCGCGGCCGAGUCCCCCGAGGGGACCAGCCUGUACGACGAGGUGCGGGCAGGCGCGGCCUCGGGCGCGGGGGGAGGCAGCCGCCUCUACUACAGCUUCAAGAACAUCACCAAGCAGCACGCACCGCCGCUGGCGCAGCCCGCGCUGUCGCCGGGGUCCUCGCGCUCCGUGUCCACCUCGUCCUCUUCCAGCAGCAGCAGCAGCAGCAGCAGCAGCGGUGGCGGCAGCAGCGCGGGCGACGACGCCGACGACCUGAUGUUCGACCUGAGCUUGAAUUUCUCCCAAAGCGCGCACGGCGCCAGCGACCAGCAGCUGGGGGGCGGCGCGGCGGCCGGGAACCUGUCCCUUUCGCUGGUGGAUAAGGAUUUGGAUUCGUUCAGCGAGGGCAGCCUGGGGUCCCACUUCGAGUUCCCCGACUACUGCACGCCGGAGCUGAGCGAGAUGAUCGCGGGGGACUGGCUGGAGGCGAACUUCUCCGACCUGGUGUUCACGUAUUGAAAUGGGGAGCCCCAGCCCCCCCAGCCCCUCCAGGCUCUCUGCAGAGCUGGGUUCCCCGGGAGGAGGUCGUGGCGGUCGGGAUAAAGGUGGUGGUGGUUAGAGGGCGGAGGGGAAAGAAGAAGUUGAUGGUAUUGCUAAGAUGAAACGCAAAGAAAUUGGAAAAGAUGAUGAAUUUUUUGGGGUGGCGUUAAAGUGAAAUGAGUAGUUUUGAAAUACCUUUCUUGCCUUUUUUCUUUUUGGUCCCCCUCCCCCUUCCUUCUUUGAUCGUGUUCUCAAGAUAGUGGCACACUAGUCUGCAGUUGUGAUUUUUUUUCCCACACCCAACCCAAAAAUGUGUUUUUGUAAUUACUAUUUCUUUUUCCUGAAAUUCGUGUUGCCGCAAAGGCUAGGGGGCGGGGCGGGGCGGGGGCGGGGGAGCGGAGGCCUUGCCGCGCCGCUCCGGAAAGGCGCCGUCGGAGGCCGGCUGCUGCUGGAAGUCGAACACGUCUACCGUGACCCCCUUAGGCGGCACAACUUACCCUAGGGAGCCGGUGAUUUUGUUUCGUAGGAGAUCUUAACGAACUGGUGUUUUUUUAAAAAAAAACUAAAAAGGGACCAUUGCAACUUUUUAAAUUUUAUUUUAUUUUAUUGGUUUUUUAUUUUUUUGGUUUGGUUUUUGGGUUUUUUUUUUUUUUUUUGGAGGGAGAAAACUGAUGUCUUCUAUGCAUCCGAUUCUUAAACAAAACUGCAGGGAGCUUGAAGAAUGCAGACUGUACAAACGCUUACAAAAAAAGAAAAACUGUGAACUGACAUAAGAUCAGAGUUUACUUUUCAGAUCAAAAUUGUUUAUGGUUUUACAAAUGUGAUUUCUACUUGCCAACUUUUUUUUUGGUGACUUGUUCCCUAUACCUCUUUGAUUGAAUACCAGACAGCCUAAGACCUCAGUACAAAGGUAUUGAAACAUUUUUGAUACAUAAACAGACCUCAGCCUUUUUUAAAAAUUAAUAUAUUUUCAGGCGUAUUUUUGUACAGUGAAAAGGGAACAUUCUUGCUGUGUUUUUUCAGUAAGACUUUCAGGCACUUCUUUCCUUUUGAUUUCUUUUAUUUUCCUGGGUUUUUCUUUUUUUUAAUUUUUAGCAUGCUAUUGGUACGUUAUGUCCUGGUUUUUAAAAGGAUUAAAAUUUUAAAGUAAUCCUUGCAUCUAAAGGCCUUGUGGUUUAAAACAAAGCAAACUUUUUUUGUACAGCUAUAGUAGAGAUUUGUUCCAUAUUUGUAGGUAAAGAUUUAUUGAAGAUGGUAAUAUAGACCUCAGAGCUGUUACCUUAGUUUAAAGACUGUGUAUGUACUGUACUAUAGUAGGGUUUUAUGUAUCUCAUACGCUGUGAGAGUGGAUGGGGCCCCAGGUGGAAGGUUUGAAACUGGAUUCUCGAUCUUUAGCAAAAAGGAAAAAAAGGCACAUAGUUUUUAAAAAAGUUUCUCAUUUUGUGCAAUAUAAUCUAAAUAAAGUACAGACCGUCUGCAUAUUUUGUAGCAAAUGGUGGCAAGGCAGGCCCAAUGCGCUGUCAUCAUUGCCUGGUUUUUUUGUUUUGUUUUCAUUUGGGGGUGGGGUGGGUUUUUUUGUUUUGUUUUGUUUUGUGCUGGAAGUCUGUAUCUUGGUAAUUUUAAUAAAUCAGCUGGGACUGAUGCGAACUCGCGUGGCCCACAGUCUCUCUGGCGGCCUACGGUGUGCUUCGGGGGCCUGCUGCUGCGCGGGUGAACGGUCCUGAGAGAGCCAGGCUGGUGCGCAGUUAGUGGCAGAAUCCCUCCGCUCCCUCCCGCCAGUCGUGCGAGACCGGGAAGAGCUUCUUUGCCUUCCCUCCCACCCCACCCCCAUUUCCUUCCUGCCCUCCUCCUCCUCCCUCCGG